ACGUACAUGUGUGAAGACAUUCCUCUGAGGCCGCAGCCUUCUGAAGUGCCUCGGUCAGCCACCCGCACCGCCGCCUAUCUACCGCCGGCGAGCCCUCUUUCUUCUUUUACUUGCACUAUGAGGGUAUUCUUGUUUCUCACUGGUUUAAUGCUAAUUGGAGUUUGUUGAUGAUCCUGACCUGAUUUUGUGGUGGAAUCAUCUUAAUUGGCUUCUCUGGAACACAAAUGUUGCAAUGGAUUUAAGAAUAAAAGGUAAAUUCUGGGCUGGGAACAUAUACAACCAGUUUGAGUCAAUUUGUCAGGAUGUUGAUGAUUUUAUGAGCAAGGAUACUAUGAAAUUUGUCGAGAACCAGGUGCAGAGUGUUGGUGUGAGUGUCAAAAGAUUUUACUCUAACGUGGUGCAAGAUAUACUUCCCCUUUCUGAGGACAUUGUGGAACCCAAAGCAUUGUUGGAGGAUGGUGGACAAGUUGACAUGUGGGAUCAUGUUAAUUCGGUCGCAGGCAUGAGAACAACACCAACUUGUAUUAAUGAAGAGCAAUUGUCAGAAAAUCAUGGUUCUAUUGAUACUAUGAGAAACUCUGAUGCAUUGUUGCCAUUUGAACUUGACCAUGUAACUCAAUUUCCUAAGCCGCCUGAUGCAAACUUUCCUGAAGAGGCAGAAACUCCUCUACAUUUAACAGAAGAUGGUGAUGGCAAGGAUGAUGCAGACAAUAGCGUAGAAGAGAAUAUGCCAAGGGGUUCAGCACCUCUGGCCGAAAAUGAAAUAUUUUCUGGGACGUCUGAUGAAGAUAAUGAGAAUUCCACGCUGUUCAUGGUUUCUUCAGCUGCACUUUCAGCUCAUGAAGCAGGGCUUUUGACCAUUGAAAAGGAAAGGAUCUCAUGCAAUAGCUUUUCAAAUGAUGCGGAGUAUCUUUCUAAUACUUCGAGCAGUGGGUUAUUGUUUGAAAAUAAGUUAACAGUGGUUGAGGAUCCAUCUUUUGAUGAAAAUACGAGCUUAUCUGCAGCUUCAGUAGCUUCAGCUGAUAAAGUUAAUGAAGAUAAUAGUAUGUUAAUGGAUUCACAACCUCCUUCUGCUUGCAAUGUGGUUCACGGAUCCUUUUCGAAAAAUGGGAUUCUUGGUGAUAGCUUUUCGACUAAAGAUGUGAGUUCUGAUGAAAGUACAAGCUUAUCUGUAGCUUCAGUAGCUUCAGCUGAUAAAAUUAAUGAAGAUAAUAGUGUGUUAAUGGAUUCACAACCUCCUUCUGCUUGCAAUGUGGUUCACGGAUCAUUUCUGAAAAAUGGGAUUCUUGGUGAUAGCUUUUCGACUAAAGAUGUGAGUUCUGAUGAAAAUACAAGUUUAUCUGCAGCUUCAGUAGCUUCAGCUGAUAAAGUUAAUGAAGAUAAUAGUGUGUUAAUGGAUUCACAACCUCCUUCUGCUUGCAAUGUGGUUCACGGAUACUUUUUGAAAAAUGGGAUUCUUGGUGAUAGCUUUUCGACUAAAGAUGUGCUUUCUGAUGAAAAUACAAGCUUAUCUGCAGCUUCAGUAGCUUCAGCUGAUAAAGUUAAUGAAGAUAAUAGCGUGUUAAUGGAUUCACAACCUCCUUCUGCUUGCGAUGUGGUUCACAGAUCCUUUGUGAAAAAUGGGAUUCUUGGUGAUAGCUUUUCGACUAAAGAUGAGAGUUUUGAUGUGUCAAGCUCUGCCCAAUCACCUGAACUUUCAUUUUCAUAUUUUUCUUGUGAUGAUGAUGAAGAAGAAGAAGAGACAUAUGUUUUCUCUUCCAAGUCUUCUAUCUCCCCAAAGUCUUCUAAUAUCUUGGAGUCUACAUCUGCAAGUUUUAUUAACAAGGCUGAAAACAUCGACCAUUCUGAAGCUGAGCGUAACAUUUCCACUCCGUCCUCCAGAACAGCUUAUGAAACUAAGGCCAUGUGUAUGCUUCCUGCAAUUUCAAUCUUGAAAUCAAAUGAUAAUAACACUUCUCCAAGUGAUGGAUCAGAUUUUGUGGAUGGUUCUUUCAAAAGCAGGCAUGGAGAACACUACAAUGAUGGUCAAUUUGCAAUAUCUCCAUCUGAAGCUGGUAAUUUAGAGAACGAACAUGAAUUUGGUCUUGGUAUCAGUGACCUAAUGGAAACAGUUGAUCUUUCCCCUGAUGUGAAGCAUGAUGAAAGAACUGUUCCUUUCAAUGGUUACUAUGCCCGAGUUGCCUCUCACCAUAGAAGAAAUUUCAGAUAUUACAAGAAUUUGAUACAGGAUGCCUUCACUUCUCGGAAGAGGCUGUCCAAGGAAUACGAGCACUUGGCUUUCAUGUUUGGAGACAUUGAUAUGGAAUCAAGUCAGGAUUUUGAGCCAAGAUCAUUACCCACUUUCCCCCACACAUAUGCAGAUGCAGUGAGAACACAGUUGUCUCAAGAGAUGUACGAAACUGAGUGGGAGCUGCUGUAAGCGGUGCAGUUCAUUCAUCAUUUUAGUCAUUUUACCUUCCGUUAUUCAUAAUGCAGGGAUGAUUGCACAUAUAUAGUUUAGUUAUAAAUCAUGUCUACCUUCCAAAUAUGGGUGUUGGUAAUAGGAGCUCAAGUUUUUAAUAAUCAUUAAUUGAACUUCAGACACCACUUUUUUCCUGAAAAUGUGGAAAGACUAGUUUUUGUCCAAUCUUUACAGCAUUUAUGAUC